AUUCUCUCCAUCAGGUUCUGUCAGAGUUCAGUGUCAUUCGUCCAAUCAGGACCAACCCAGAGGGGCUCUUCCUGUCAGCCUCCGUCUUCACCAACCACCAACCCCGGAUUAAAAGACGCUCUGCAGAGGACACGCCCACCGACACAAGAAGAAACAAAAGACAGGCUCCCACAAACUCAUCACACCAGGCCCCGCCCAUAGAAACAUCACCGUCCAGCUGGAGGGUGCAGGGUUACGCGGCUGAGGAGGUGGAGCUUUUCUACAAUGUGACAGUGUUUGGUCAGGAGCUCCACCUGCGGCUGCGUCCGAACUCUCGUCUCGUCGCCCCCACAGCCACCAUGGAGUGGUGGGAGGAGUCAGGACACAAACACUCUCAGCCAAUAAGAGACACCGGCUGCCUCUACACAGGAGAGGUGUCCAACAUGGAGGACACGGCGGUUGCCAUCAGCAACUGUGAUGGUCUG